AUGGUUGAACCUGAUCGCCCAGGAAAGCUCUUCAUUGGAGGGCUCAAUACAGAAACAAAUGAGAAAGCCCUGGAAGCUGUAUUUGGCAAAUAUGGGCGAAUUGUAGAAGUGCUCUUGAUGAAAGAUCGAGAAACCAACAAAUCAAGAGGAUUUGCUUUUGUCACCUUUGAAAGCCCGGCGGAUGCCAAAGAUGCAGCCAGAGAUAUGAAUGGAAAGUCUUUGGAUGGAAAGGCUAUCAAAGUGGAACAAGCCACUAAACCAGUAUUUGAAAGUGGAAACUGCAAGAGCCUCCCCUUCCCCCAAUAA